AUGACCACCCGCAUUCUGCGGGUCGCUGACUCGCUGGGCACUUUCCACGUGGCCUGCGCAGCUGCUGUAGCCACGGCGUUUGGCGCCCUCGUUGGGUCGGUGCCUUACUUUGGUGCCAUGUUCGAGGGCGCGUCGGCGCUCUGCUUCGGCCUCGACGGCGCUCUGCUGGGCUCCUGCGGUCUGCUGCUAGGCCUCGGCGUCAUCGCGUCCUACGAGCUGGCCAUGGGCGGCGCGCCGUACGUGGCCACCACGUCGAGGAGCGGUCGCAUCGGGGCGGGCCAGAGGGAGCUGGUGCAGCUGCAGGACAACUUCAGGAUGGGCAGAGCACCGUCCACUACAACGUCAGGGUGGACGGCUCCGACGCGGCGGCCAUGGCCGACGUGCUCCAGCGCGUCCAGAGCCCGGCGACGCACGCGGACGAUCUGGCCUUCUUCCGGGACGUCGUCGACGACUUCGAGGCGGGUCUGGGCGCGGCGGGGGCCCAGGAGAGCUCCAAGAGAUGGAGCAGGCCCUGGGCCACAUGGCGGCGACUCGGCGGCUCCUCGAGCGGGAGCAGUCGCUUCGCGCUCUCUCGGGUGCCUCGCGGGAGCGCCGGAGGCUGGAGGAGCUGCGCCGGCAGGAGAGAGCCGCCUCGCCGAGGUCGCGGAGAAGUGCAGGAGGCUCGUGCAGCAGCGGGGCACAGUGUCUCGGCGGUCGGGGGGGGGCCUGGCGGGCCGCUGUGGCUCCGUGUCGGCGGGCCUCUGGCUGGCCGGAGCCUCGGCAUCUGAGCGGCGCAAUGCGGGCAAGACCGCUGUAGGAAACGCGGCGCGGUGCACGGCAGGCGCGUAG